GCACCAAUAAGACUGAACGUCGCUGUUUUGUCCAUAAGAGGGAGUCAAGUUUCUUAUAUGCACCGUUUUCGCCCACUUCCACAACAGAACCACAGAGCACAUUGACCGGAGAGUGGGGGGAUAUUGCUUGACAACGAUUAUUUUCUGCCAUAGCGGCUGUGGAGGCUCAUAUCUGUGGUCGGAUAGUCAGUCGGUCGGUCAGUUCGUCCCUUCAGCCUUCACCCACAACUUCGCCUCUUCGCCGCAGCCGAAGAACAAGAGGGUUCAUGAGCACCAGGAAGCUCUUAUUUUUUUCAUACCUGGAUUAACUCACAGCCUACGAUAUAUACUUUUUCUUUUAUUCUCUUUUGUGACGGGAGAGACUUUUACUCGGUCAAAAUGUUGUGGAAAUUAGCCGACAACGUGAAAUAUGAGGAUGACUGUGAGGAAAGGCAUGACGGCAACAGCAAUGGGAACCCUCGGCUGCCUCACCUGCCAGCGGUCAGUCAGCACCUCUACAGCCCGUCUCCCGCCCUCUCACACUCGGCCAGUUCGGACUUCCAGCCCCCGUAUUUCCCGCCUCCCUACCAACCCAUCUCCUACCCACAGUCCAGUGACCCCUACUCCCACCUCGGCGACCCCUUCAACAUCAACUCCAUACACCAGUCGCAGUCGUCGAACCAGCAGCAGCCGUGGCCCGGCCGACAGGGCCAGGAUGGGCUCGGCGCUCAUGCGAGGGGCGGACUGGCAAGUCAGAUCCUGGGCCUGGAGGGAGGCUCAUCCGGGGUGCGGAGGGAAGGGUUCCGCCGGCCGGAACUGCUACCCCCACACGCGCACAGCCUCGAAUCUUCGGUUAUUGGUGAUAACAUGGGGAUGCACGACAUGGGGCACGGACUGGAGGAUGUUCAACAUGUAGAUGACCACAGUAUUAUUAUGGCAGAUCAGACAGUCAUCAAAAAAGUAUUAGGACUACGAGGUGGCAGGAACCUUGAUCGCUUACAGAGGACUUAUUAUCAGGGGGGCAUUCUUGCGGGUCCCGUCACUCUACCCAAAGGCAAUGCGCUGGGUCUUCCCUUCCAGAAAGAGUCCCUACUGGGUAUGGUAUCAAACCCUACAGAGGUGUUCUGCUCCGUACCGGGCCGUCUUUCCUUGCUGAGCUCCACUUCCAAGUACAAGGUCACCGUGGCCGAGGUCCAGAGACGUCUGUCGCCCCCGGAGUGCCUCAAUGCAUCACUCUUGGGAGGAGUUUUACGCAGAGCCAAGUCAAAAAAUGGAGGCCGCUCUCUGAGAGAAAAGUUGGAUAAAAUUGGGCUCAACCUGCCAGCAGGAAGGAGGAAGGCCGCCAAUGUCACUCUACUUACCUCACUAGUAGAAGGUGAAGCUGUUCAUUUAGCGAGAGACUUUGGUUACGUGUGUGAGACAGAGUUCCCUGCAAAGGCAAUUGCAGAAUACCUUGGCAGGCCGCACGUAGAACGCAACGAGGUUAACUCUCGCAAGAACAUGCUCCUCGCUGCCAAGCAAAUCUGCAAGGAGUUCACUGACCUGCUCACUCAGGAUCGCUCACCUCUGGGAAACUCUCGGCCGGCGCCCAUCCUGGAGCCUGGAAUCCAAGGCUGCCUGACCCACUUCAGCCUCAUCACUCAUGGCUUUGGCUCUCCGGCCAUCUGUGCCGCCAUGACCUCGCUUCAGAACUACCUGAACGAGGCGCUCAAACAAGUGGACAAGAUGUACCUGAGCUCCGGUAGCGACACCCAGGGAUCCUCAGACAGUGGAAACAAAUCUACCGACAAAAUGGACAAGCACAGGAAAUGAGAGCU